AUGAGUCUUUCUUCGCUUCCAUCUCAGUACCGUUCCUUGUUCACCACACUCAUCCAAUACAGUCGUCAAAAGGACCUCCAAAAGGGCAAAGCUCUCCACGCUCAGAUCAUCAAAACCGGUCCCAACUCCUGCGUCUACAUUGCCAACAGCCUCGUCAUCCUCUAUGCCAAAUGCGGAGACUUGCCCAAAGCCAAGCUCGUCUUCGAGGCUAUACCCGACAAGGACGUCGUCUCAUGGAACUCUCUCAUCAAUGGCUACUCUCAGCAAGGACAAAACGGCUCCUCCCAUGUCAUGGCGCUUUUUCAACGCAUGCGGGCUGAGAACGCCUUCCCAAAUGCGCACACUUUUGUUGGAGUUUUCACCGCAGCUUCGUAUGCGUCGCCGGACGUCUUUGGCGGCCGGCAAGCUCAUGCACUUGCAAUAAAAGCUGACAGCUUUUAUGAUGUGUUUGUCGGGAGUUCUCUGCUCAAUAUGUAUUGUAAAGCGGGGUCUUGUAUUGGAUGCUCGUAA